AUGCAGUCAAAGAAGGCGAAGCGCGUCUUCAAUGUCAUGAACAUCAUCUCAGAGGAUGGUAGAAUGAUGGUCGCACUCAAGGAAGUAGAAAAUCACAACCAUGGCGGAGAGAAACUGUACAUAAAUGGCCUUGAGGAGCGAAGGCACAAUGACAUGUUCAUACUUGGAGAGGCAGAGUCUGCCCCUGUGGUACCAUCUAAUGAUAUGCCAUACUCUGGGGAGCUAAUGGAUGGAGAUUCUACAGAUGAAACGCUGAUAAAUUACGACGGUAUUCUUGUGGUGGACAAGACUCCGUCAAAGCGCACAACACAUCAGCAUCACGUUGUACCGAAAGAGCUUGACCCAAAAGAUGAAUCACUGAUAGUCGAAGAAGAGUGCAUGAGCGAAGAAGAUGUGGAGCAUUUACUUGAAUCCGUAGAAGAACACACUGAGAGUGAUGAAGCGAUGAAUGAACAAAGCAAGCGCCUGGUAGACGAUAUCAGUGCAGGCGAGUUGGAUCAAUUAGAUGAAGAACUGGAGGCAAUCAUGAACACAGAGUUUGACUCGUUCAAGGAGGCAGGCACCGCAGCAGAGCUCAUCUCAGCAGAGAAGACACUGAGAGGAGACGAUCUAAGCAACUGGAGUAGCUAUACAAACAAGCACGAGACUGUUCUUGAUCUGACCAGACCCCAGGAUGACCAAAAGGAAUUUGUAAGCAAAACAUACAUGAUUGGUACAACACGCGUGGUUGCAGCCAGUGAAGCAGUCAAAAGAGUCCUUGUGGAGUCACUGUUUCCCGACGAAUCCACCCUCACAAAUGCAGACCUAGAGGGAUUUGAGUUCACCGAAGAAGACAGAGCUCUAAAAAAUACUCACGACAAUGAAGAAAGUGAUCAUACCAAAGGUUUUGGCCUCGCGCUUGGGCUAGAGGAAGACGAAAAUGAAGCUAAGGAGGCACUCGACUUCUUCAAUGCUAACAUCACGAGCAACUCCGCUGCUCUGAAUAGAGCUACACUGGAUAGUAUCCGUGGACUGGCGUGCCUUCCAACUAAGGAAGAGGAAGAUCGCAUAGUUUAUGGUGAUGAAGUGGAUAUUGAUAGUCUCGAUGACGGCAAAUCAACCAUCUCUCGACGCACAAGGCUUUCCAGGUUAUCAAGCGUAGGGGGAUAUACAGAUCUGUCCAAGCUGUCCGCUAAAUCGGUCGGUAGCUCGGUGCAGAUGAGAAGGGGGAGACACAUGAAUCAAAGGCACUUUACUUCUGGAGACUCUAUGGAUACUGAGCUUAAUCGUAUGAUGACCGUUGCAAACGAAAAAAUUGUUCACAUGCAAGAAGGGCGUAGCUCACAGGUUGAUCAAAUAGAACCGUGUGUAACUAAUGCACAAAAAUUGGCUCUUCUUACCGAAGAGUCGAUACAGCAAGCGUCGUUAGAGAAUCUCCGCAACAUGGAAGAUGAUGUCAAUCGCGGCUUAGAUAAGUAUUUGGGAACGAACAUGAUGGACAACGAGGAGAUCGUUAAUGGCUUAGUGGAUUGCAUUAUGUCUGGCCAGGUCGCGCGUGCAUAUAUUCGUUGUAGUUGGAAUAAGCUGGGCUAUGGAAGGCAGAAGCUUGAGGCACAGCGGAAGCCCACCAUCGAAGACGAUGCGGGAAAUCUUCAUUAUAUUGGGAAGGCAGAUGACAAGAGCAUGCAGAUGGAAGCCGACAAAGCGCCAGUCAGGAUCGUUCUAUCUAAGCGUGGGAUCCCCAUCACCUCUCUAACUAAAGGCUCUCAUCCACUUCCUGUGGUUCACGAGGAGAACGAGGAGUGCAGAGGAGCAUCCGACAAUCAAGCGCCGUCUCAGGUGGAUUCUCACAGCAGUGACGAGCAGUACAGACCCCAUGUUCUUCCUUCUACACGAAGCAAUGAGACCAGUACGGAACGGGCAGAACGUAAGGCUCUCACGAAGCAAAUAAAGCGGGAAAGGCGGGCACAAAAGAAGAUGCUUGGAGAAGCUUUCUCCAGUGAGCGGCGUGCUCAGGCUGCCGCCCAGUUCCGUGAGAGAAGUAAUGUUCAGGGCAGACGCAUUGCUUAG